AUGAAAAAAACUUAUAAAGUUCGGUUAUAUCCGAGCCAGAAACAAAAAGAGAAAAUUAACCAAACCCUUGAAACUUGCCGGAUACUCUAUAAUGACUGUUUAGCCGAAAGAAAAGAGGCUUGGGAAAAAGAGCAAAGAAAAAUCACUUGCUUCGAGCAAAUUAAUUCUUUACUGGCUAAAAAAGAAACUAAUCCUUUUCUCAACCAAGUAUUUUCUCAAAUCUUACAAGACAUAGUUCGGAGAAUUCACAAGAAUUUCCAAGCCUUCUUUCGUCGACUAAAAGACCCAACAGCAAAAGCAGGUUAUCCAAGGUUCAAAUCUUUUGGGAGAUAUGAUAGUUUUACCUACCCUCAACAUGGCUUUAAGUUGAUUAAAAGCCAAGUAAAGUUAAGCAAUAUUGGUUGGGUUAAUAUUAGAAAACACCGAGAAUUACCACCGCAAGAGCAAAUAAAAACUUGCUCCAUUUUAGUUAAGAAUGGUAAAUAUUAUGUUUGCUUUUCUUGCGAAGUAGAAACAAAUCCAUUACCCAAGACAGGUAAAAAAAUUGGUAUUGAUUUGGGUCUAACUUCUUUUUUGGCUACCUCUAAUGGAGAAUUGAAAGAAGCACCAAAAACAUACAGAAAAGCCGAAAAAGAAUUAGCCAAGACUCAAAGAAAAGUAAGCCGGAGAAUUAAGAAAAGUAAACGAAGACAAAAAGCCGUGAAAAUAUUAGCCAUUAAGCAUGAGAAAGUGGCUAACCAAAGAAAAGAUUUAGCCCAUAAAUUAAGCCGAGAAUUAGUAAAAGACUAUGACUUGAUUGCCUGCGAGAAAUUACAAGUUAAAAACAUGGUAAAAAAUAAAUACUUGGCAAAAAGCAUUAACGAUGCUGGUGAAUGUGGUGAAUUAGUUCCAAAGAAAUUAAGCACUAGAAUUCAUAAGUGUUCUUGCGGCUAUAAAGAAAAUAGAGAUAUUAAUGCUGCUCGCAAUAUAUUAAAGAGAGCAGAAGGGUUGGGGACCGACCUUUGGGGACUAUAUAUGGAUAUUAAACAAUUAAAACAAUUUCUCGUUAAACUUGAAUUAAAAGAUUUAGAAAAAGGAACCCACCCGGCGGAAUUAGAAGCAAUAGGAGAAUUAAUGAUACAACAAGGAUAUUCGUUGAAAGCAAUAGCAGAAGCUAACCAAAUUAAAGAAAGAAUAAAUUACUCGCUUGAAAAAGAAGAAAGAAAAGCAAUAAAUCCAACAGAAGCCUAA